AUGUCGUACGUGGCAUCAUCUGAGGGAUAUGUGCGGGGUGAUGAUAACAUCAGUCGCCGAAGUGAACGUUUGCGGUCCGGCGCUAUGGCCAUGUCGCGAUCAGCCCUAACGCACACAGAAGUGCUGGAAGAUAAAAUCGUUGAUCUUGGGGAUGGAGUGAUGGCAAACUUUUAUGAACAUCUUCUGGCUCGAUUAGAACAGCAUGGGCUUCGUCGUUGUCUCGCGAAUGAGAGAGAAGAUGAUGAUAAUAAUAAUACGAAUAAAGAUGAUACUAAUAAGAAUGGUAUGAAUGUCAAUCAUGACAUGAGUUUGGAUGAGGGAAAAUCUAACUGUGCUUCUACAAAUACUCCUGGUGAACCCAGAGACUCUAUAGAGGAAGAUGCUCGGGAACCAUAUUAUUAUCUCUGUGUCCCUUGCGAAUUGCCGAUAACGAAAGUUUCCUCAAGGGCAGCGACAUUAUCAAUGUUGCAAGAUGCUCAUUAUCAUCUUUGCUCGGCAGAGCAUCGACGAAUUGCAUCCUGGAUGGGAGAACCGGAUAUUGACUUUACACUACAGAAUUCAUCCGAGUUGGAUCCAAGCGGAUAUACACGAAUUCAUGUGAAUGGUAUUCCAAUGCUGUUAUCUACACGUCCAGGUGGAGGUGAUAUGUUUUUUCCAUUACCGCAUGAAAUAAACGAACGCGAUCGAUCCUCACCGUCGGGAAUGGAUACAUUAUUAACAGCGACUGAACCUCAUACAGAGAUGUGGUAUCGUCCAUUAGAGUCUAUCUUCACAGAAACAAAGCAGAUGUUGUAUACUACAGGAUUUGAUGGAAAUUUACGUACAAGGAGAUGGGAUGAAAUAUCUCGUAAACGUAGUCGAUUUAUUUUACAACACAUUUCAAAGGAAAAGUAUGAGAAGGAGAGUUUUGUGGAAGGAGAAACCGUUCCGGCGUUAUUUGAAAUAAAACCGCAACGCCUACCAAAGAAAAGUAAUAAUGGUACACAAGUGAGUGGUUGUCGAUUAUCUUAUACGGUUUCUAAAAAACCAAUAAUGGUGUGGGAUUCUGAUGUAGAUCCAACCUUAAACCGUGCUAUUGUAAAGAAUGACGGCGUUUAUCGAGUUGUAUUAAUUAAGGCAAGUGAGGCCGCACGUAUAUUAUCAGAUAAAUCGUAUUUAGGUGUAUCGGAAGAGCCUUAUGCGACGGAGAAUAAUGGGCAAGUACUGACAAUGGAGGCGUUGAGUCAUGUCCGUGGGACAUCCACUGUUUGUGAAACCCAAUCGGAUUUUAAUUGGACGGAUUGA